AUGAAUCCAGCAAUUCAAGCGACUACUUCAGUUACGAUAAUUAUAAGCAUUCCAUUUGGCAGUCGUAAUUAUAAUGCUUGCGUAACUGUCUCUCACCCGUUGUAUAUCUGUCGAUCGAUCUUUUCUGUUCAUAUCUAUCUAUCUAUCUAUCUAUCUAUCUAUCUAUCUAUCUAUCUAUCUAUCUAUCUCUCUCUCUCUCUCUCUAUAUAUAUAUAUAUAUAUAUAUAUAUAUAUAUAUAUAUAUAUAUAUUCAUUCUAAUCAUACUUGUUCAUUUUAUCUAUUUAACUUAUUUUCAUAUCUAUCGCUCAUUCUUUCUCUCAUCUUUUUAUCUCGUUGUUUCAGUCUGUUCAUAUCUAUCUAUCUAUCUAUCUAUCUAUCUAUCUAUCUGUCGCAGUCUGUUCAUUAUCUAUCUAUCUAUCUAUCUAUCUAUCUAUCUAUCUAUCUCUGAUCAUAUCUAUCUAUCUAUCUAUCUAUCUAUCUAUCUAUCUAUCUAUCUAUCUAUCUCUGUUUAUAUCUAUCUUUCUGUUCUAUAUAUCUCGUCUAUUCUUUCUUUAUUUCAAUCUAUCUAUCUAUCUAUCUAUCUAUCUAUCUAUCUAUCUAUCUAUCUAUGCUCCUAA